AUGGCUACUACUAAACACUGUUUGGAUGUUGAAUACCCGACUUCAACUAAACAGCCUCGAACCAACGUAAACAGUCAACAUUUUGAGAGAUUUGUUAUGGAAAACGUUAUUUUUUCGGAGUCUGAUGAUUCUUCAGCUGAUGAAAAUGACAUCCUACCACCAGAGGCAGAAGAAGCUGAAGUAGACUCUUCAUCGGAUAGUGACGAGAAUAUUUCCUUAGUGGAACUCCUGAGUGAUGUACGAAUAGAAAAAAACCGUCCUUGA